CAACAGGUAAGACCACCCUCUUUACAAAAUCCUCCAUCAUAGCCAAAUUCCACUCUUGCUGCAGACAAGGACACUACAGGACAUCAGGAGGCUGGAGGAGGCACAGACACCAUGGCAACUACCUCAACUCAGAAUGUGGAGUUUGUGCGGACCGGCUAUGGCAAGAAUCUGGUCAAGGUGCUGUUUAUCAGACGAGAGGGAACUCACCACUACAUCACUGAGCUGACGGCUAAUGUGGAGCUCACCCUCAAGUCCCGCAAGGACUACUUGACCGGUGACAACUCGGACAUCAUCCCUACUGACACUGUCAAGAACACCGUCCAUGCACUGGCUAAGCUGAAGGGAGUUUUGACCAUAGAGCAGUUCGCCAUGGACAUCAGCAAACAUUUCCUGACAGCUUUCAAACAUGUGACCAGGGUAAACGUGAAGAUUGAGGAGGCACCAUGGAAGAGACUGGAGAAGAAUGGUGUCGAGCAUGUACAUGCAUUCAUCUACAGCCCUGAAUCCUGGCGCUUCUGUGAAGUCGAACAGAAUCAUAAUGAGAGCCCUAUUCUUCACAGUGGCUUGAAAAACAUGAAGGUGCUGAAGACCACUCAGUCUGGCUUCGAGGGCUUCUUCCGAGACCGCUUCACCACUCUACAGGAGGCCAAGGACAGGUGUUUCUGUACCUCUGUCUACGCCAGGUGGCGCUACAACAAUGUCCAAAAUGUCAACUUUGACAGUGCAUGGAACUCUGUCAAGGAGACAAUAAUUGAGAAGUUUGCUGGCCCAUACGAUCGUGGAGAGUACUCUCCCUCUGUGCAGAAAACCCUCUACGACACACAGGUCAUAGUCCUGGAUAGGGUGCCUGAGAUUGAAGAGAUUGAGAUAGUCAUGCCUAACCAACAUUAUUUCACCAUUGACAUGACGAAAAUGGGUCUCACCAAUAACAAUGAAGUUCUUCUGCCAUUGGACAAUCCUUCAGGGAACAUCAUGGGCACAGUACGCAGGAAGCUGCAAGCAAAGCUAUGAAAAGGAACACAAAGCUACCCGAAAAUACUUUAAUCAAAGUGAGAACAAAAUGAUAAUUAAUGUCCCAUCGGUUAAGGUCUCUCCAAACACAACAUACUGAUCAAUCUACAAGGUUGUGUUCAUUAGGAACGAAACGGAAAGCAAAACAAACUGAAACGGGGAGGCUUAACCUAUCCGCUGUUGCAAAUAUUUCCAUUGCGUGCCCGUUAAGUGAAGUAAAACAUGUACAAAGCUGUAUCCUUGCUAACAAUAUUACUUCCCUGAAAUUACAAACGGACACGUUUGUUCAUAUUCUCCAUUUAAGAAUGUCAAGUGUAGAAAGUGAUUCAACCCACAUGGUAAAUCUUAUCCUAAAGACGA